AUGCGGCAAUCCUUUGCGGAACAUGUCCUCUACGCCUUCUUCCUCUCAUCAUUCCUCCCCAAAUUCCCCUCCACAUCCAUGUCAUGCGCCUCCGACGGAUCCAUGGUACCAGCUGCACCGACCUUUCGCCAGCCUCAUUCUGUAACCUUCGCCACUGCCAGCCCUUUUUCCACCACUGUAUGGUCCCUAUCGACCUUCCGUAAUGCGGCCUCCAUCCUCUAUGCCGAAGUCUACGGCCUUGUCGCAGCAUCCCUGCAAGCACACUCUUUUCCACUACCGCCAUCUCCCCCGCUUUACACUGAUCAUCUCAACUCUGUUCGCAUCAUUAAUGACUCCUUAUCCACCUCCUCCCCGCUCCUCCCACAUCACUGGACAUCGCUUCCAGCCCGCUCCCUUUACCGAUGGCUCAAAAACAUCCUCACUACCUUCCCAUCCUCCUGUACACCAGCAGUAACCUACACAGCUGCGCACACCUCCUCAGACACACCACCGUCUCGUGCCAAUGCGUUCAUUGAUGCUAUCGCUUCACAGUCUCAUGAUCUUCCCUUACCUACUCCUCCUAUUCCCACUUUUUCCAUGGACGACUACACCUUAUUCUCUCCCUAUGACGGAUAUAUUGAAUCCUCUCCCACCACUUAUAUCUCACACACCCUCGUCGCUGCUGUUGUCCAAGACCGCUCGUUCAAACCCCUCCGCAACAUCGUCCUGCCCCUUUACAACUCUCAGCCACCGCCGGACUACCCCUACACACGCGCGUCGUCAGCCUAUUCCGCACUCGUGCAACUAUAUGCUCGGUGUGGACAGCUUGACACUGCAUCUCUUCGAUCCGCGCGCUUCGGCGAUACAUCAGAGUGGUGUCACUUCGGAUGCCCCGUGCUGGAGACCCCAUAUCACAUAUUCGUGCAGUGCCCUCGCUUCAACCACUUGCGUGCCAAUGCUCACCGCGAUGUCAUUUCGGAGACGUCCAAGCUUCUGACCGGAGCUGAAACCAACCGACAAAUCAUGGAGGUCAUCCUGCACAGCGCUGCAUCACUCUUCGUGGACCACGAAGCUUGGCCACAAUUCACAUCAUACUACUACCUGGGCAUUGUACCAAAAAUUCCCGCUCUCCAGCCAUCCAGGAAUCCGUCGCACCAAUGCCUAUCCGCACGUAUCACGCACACAUGGCAUACCUCCAGCAUACACCUCGCAGGCAGAAUAUGGGGGGAAUACAAACGAUGCACGUCUACAGCACGGCGUAUGGCCAACUCUGAUGUAUAUACUCCCGCUCAUCUCCCGCUUCACUUAUGCCAUCUUCUACCAACCGAUUAA